UACUUUGAAAAUAAAAUAAUAAUAAUGAUAAAAUAAUAAUAAAAAAAUGAAGUAGGUACGUAUUACAUUUAUGAAGUACUGAAUGGAUAAUUAUUAAGAAAAUAAAACAAAUUAUUUAUCAUUAGAAUAAAUCAAAGAGCUUGUUUAGACAUAAUCACUCAGUAGAAAACUCAUACAUAUAUAUAUUUUUUUAUUGAAAUUCUAAACUUUAAGAAAAUGGAUACCAAACAAAAGGUGUAAAUAAAAAAAAACACAUCAUCUGAUAAAUAAUAAAUAAAAUCUUUUCUCUUGCACAAUCACACAGCAGAAAACUUAAAAUAAAUCUUUGUAAAUAAAGUUGAAAAAUAGAUAGGCUCGUUGUCUCUCGCCUCGAAGCUUCGGAUGAGGUUGCGUGUGUGUAGGUAAGCGGUCCUUAUUUUUACCUAUUUCUACCUUUAUUUAACCAUGCAACGUCACCAUUCUCACGCUAAACAUUCCUUACUGCUUAUAAUUUCCCUGCAUAGUCUCAAAUAUACACCAGGAAGUCUAGUUUUUGUAUAAUUAAAGGAAAUCAGGAUAGGUAGUCAUUGCAGAAGUCCAAGGUAUGGCGUAUUUCAGCAACAUCAAUAUUUUUACACUUUCCCGUUGACCUGUGACCUUGUGCUUGUUGUGGCCUAUCCCUGGUGACCUGGUGCCUGUGUGGUGGCCUUGUGGUGACCUGAGAGGGCGUGGUGAGGAGAAACAAGGUCAUGGCGUUGUGUAGACUGCCACUGUGUGAGGUCGCGGACUGCCUGCUGUCUGAGAAGUCACAGCAGGAGGUCAUCAGGCAGCUGGGUCACCUGCAGCAGACCCUACACGCCCAGGCAAGGUCACAAGAGGUCACCAAAAUAAGGAGGAGAGUGACUGGAGAUAGGGUCCGAAAGAUAAGGAAGAAAAAGAGCCAAGAUAAUGCUAAGACACACAAGGUCACCAGGGUAGGGAAGAUACGACAGGUCACAGGGAUUAAACCAGUGACCCAAGAUACCAAGACAAGUGAGGUCACCAAGAUAGCAGAGAAGAGAGGGAAGGUCACCAAGUUAGGCAAGGUCACCCAGAGAGGAGAGGUCACCAAAAUGAAGAUUUACCCGGUGACCCAAGAUCCGAAGCUAGACGGUAGAAUAAGGGUCACCAGAAUAAGGAAGGAGGUCACCAAUGGACAGAUGAACAAAAUGAGGAAGAUUAAGAUAUUGAAGCAAGACAAUACAGACGCACACAGCCUCACCAGGACAUCAGAAGAGAGGCCAAGAGUCACCAAGCCAGAGGUAACCAGUAUGAGCCCAUUCACCAAGCCACAGAUGAGAAAAGUGAAUGAAUUUUACUACCCAGAAGCACCCAAGCACACCAGGCCUUUAGCGAAGAUGAAAAAUUGCGAUUGUGUUCGUCAGGCACCAGCACGGGUCACCAGGAUGCAAGGCGUGGUGACGGAAGGCAAGGCAGGUGUUGGUAAGGGGAACAUAGCAAGCACCAGGCAGGAACAGAGCGGUAGGAUGAAGAUGAAAGCAGUCACUGAGUCACCAAGUCCCAGACAGCCUCACCAGAUUGACGGGCAUCGAUAAGCGCAUCACCAGGAGCAUGAGGCGAAAUGGGGCGGUCACCAGGUCGCAUUGCCGUACAGAUGACAUCACCAGUAUGAAGGAGGAAGCUGGACAGAUCACCAGGGAGGAGGAGAGAGGCACAGAAGUCGACAAGAAUCACAAGCAGAUUAGACCUCACCAAAACUCACACAAGCCCACCAGAACAGACACAGUACACCACAAACAGGUCACCAGGAAGCACCAAUCACAGCCAAGGCAACUCCCCAUAACAAGCACAGAGGGGAACCAGAUCAAAACACACACAACUCAAGAUCAGGUUCACCAAAACGAUGCACGGAGACAACAAGGCAGUCACCAGUACACACAGCAUCCAAUCACAGGCAGUCACCAAGAUGCCACCACCACACACACACCAGAGCCUCACCAGGUGUAAACGCCAUUUCCAGACCGCACCGGACAGCCAAUCAGAAGGCAGGGAAGCAAGGAAGCGGGUCACCAAUCACAGAGCGGCUUGGUAUAUUGUUACAAGAUAGCAUUCUCUUCCUCCUACCACUCCUUCAGGCUAAACACAAGGUCACCAGGGUAGAAGAGAAGCAAAAGGAGGAGGAGGAGGAGAAGGACUAUAAGGAAGAAGAGGAGAAGGAGAUUAAAUGCAAACAGAAAGAGAAGAGGAAUAAGAAGAAGGAAGAAGACAGUACUUAUAAAAUAUCAAGAAAAGGAAGAGGAAGAGAAAGAGGAGGAGGAGAAGAAAUGGUGUGAUGAAGAGGAGGAGGAGGAAGAGAAGAGAAAGGAGGGGGAAGAAAAAAACAAUAACUUCUGUCAACAUCAAGAAAAGAAACAGGAAGACGAGGAGGAAGAGGAAGAGAGGAAAUAUUACCAGGAAGAGAAAGAGGAGGAAGAGGAGGAGGAGGAGGAAAAAGAAGAAGUAGAGAAGAAGAAGAAACACAAUGAUAAAGAGGAGAAAGAGAAAAUAAACCAUGAAAAAGAGGAGAAGGAAAAUGAGAAGAACUACCACCACCAUCACCACCAUUGCAAAGAAGAAGAAGAAGAGGAAGAAGAAGAAGAAGAAGAAGACAUAUGGGCAGAAUUAUUAGCUUGGUAUAAUCAGAAACACUACUUAUCCUUCCUGGAGCAUUCAACAGACCCAAGAUUACCUCACUACAGGACCCAGGCACACGGGACCCCUGCCAGCACCCGAACCAGCCCCAAUAGGCCCGUGUCUUUGGUAUGGAGCCCUGGAUUCAGUGGGAGCGUUGGCAGUGACCUCCCUCUCUCUCUCCCCUGGUGCUGUGUUCCUUGACCUCUGUGCUGGGAGGGGCCGCCACACUCAACUAGCAGGUGAGGCUAUGAGGGACCAGGGGAUGAUAGUGACCAACAGUCUGUCUCAUCACUACCUGUCACGUGUGGGGAGACUCGUUAGCAGGUGUGGCCUUACUUCUGUGCUGAUGACUAAACUACACCUGCUGGAUUUGCCUCAGUCAAUUCAGGGCAGAUUCUCCCAUGUUCUGCUAAAUGCUCCUUGCUACAACCCUACUACAACUACAACUACUGCUGCAACUGGUGGUGGUGGUGGUGUGAUACAAGCCAGCGGUGUGUGGUUCCUGCAGCACGUGUUGGCAGCUGGAGUGGAUGCGUUGGUGUGUGGCGGUGUGCUUGGUGUACCUCACGUUGUCAGCAAGGGUGUGUGUUUGGUGGUGUCUGUUUUACUCUCUCUCUCUCUCUCUCUCUCUCUCUCUCUCUCUCUGUUCGUUCUUGCUUUCUUUCUCUUUUUUUAACUUUUCUUAUUUCUUUUCUCUUGUUUCUCUCUCUUUCUUAGCUUUUCUUGUUUCUCCUAUUUAUUCCAGUCAUUUUUCUUGUCCUAUCUGUAUUUGUGUUAUCUUUUCUUUCCCUCUUCUGUUCUCAUCAUCUUUAGCCUUCUCUUAAGUGCCCCUCACCUUUCAUUUAUUCAUGUAUUUACUUACCCUCUCAUUAUCUAGGGGUGAUGCAACACACGCCCAUGAUUAACCCCCUUGCACUCCCAGAAGCCUUGUUUGAAGUGACAUAAACAGCACGUACAUGGUUACAAACUAUUAUCAAUUAACCAAGUAAUAUAAGGAAUAAAGCAAUGAGCAUAGCUAGGCUGCCUCGUUUGCCACCUCUGUGUGGAUGUAUAGGCAGCAGCAGUGUGUGGAAAAGUGAAGCCGAGGAAACACUGUGGUGAAGAGAGGAGGAGAUAGGAAGAGAGGAAGGGAUAGGACUGAGUAAUGAGAUGAGGAAGAGGAGGAGGAGGAGAGGAAGGGAAACUAAAACUGUGGUGAAGAGAGGAGAGGAGAUAGGAAGAGAGGAAGGGAUAGGACUGAGUAAUGAGAUGAGGAAGAGGAGGAGAAGAGGAAGGGAAAUUGAAGCUGUGGUGAAGAGAGGAGAGGAGAUAGGAACAGAGGAAGGGAUAGAUCUGAGUAAUGAGAUGAGGAAGAGGAGGAGAAGAGGGAGGGAAACUAAAACUGUGGUGAAGAGAGGAGAGGAGAUAGGAAGACAGGAAGGGAUAGGACUGAGUAAUGGGAUGAGGAAGUGGAGGAGGAGGAGGAGAGAGGGAAACAAACUGUGGUGAAUGAGAAAUGAGUGUUUCUUUUCCCUUCCCUUCUCACCUGUCUCAUCCUGCAGGGUGGAGGAUAAUGAACAGGUGAUCCAGCAGGUGAGGCGGACAAGACAGGUGGAGGUGGUGCCCCUGAUGCCUCCACCUGCUGAUUAUGUGGACCUUAGGUGUGAGGUGAGUGAGAGUGGCUGUCUGCGUAUCACUCACCUGGGCAGUGGUGGUGGUGGUAUGUAUUGCCUUACUAAACUGAGGAAGGUGGCUUGACUUGGUGGUGGUGGUGGUGCUGGUGGUGGACGUACACUCGGACACACGGACAGAAAAUAGGUGUGGUCUAGUAUAUAUGUAGGUAGCUUGAUAUUACUACAUCUCUGCCGAAAGGUAGAUCAUUUUGUGUCUCAUUUGUUAGGUUAUUGUAUAUAGGGAUAGAUAUUAUUGUUGUUUUGUAUAGAUAUUAUAUUAUGUGGAUAUGAAGAUUAUUAUUGUUAUGCACAUAUGGAUAUUUAUAUAUACGUAGAUUGUUAUUAGGUAUUAUUAGGUAUGUUGUUGUCAUGUGUAUGGAUAGAUAUUGUUGUCAUCAUUAUAUAUAUAUAGAUUGUCAUUAUUUUACAGGCCACGUCUUGGAAGAACAUUUUAUGAUAGAUUUUAUCUUUCGUAACUUAUUCCAUGCUUUAUUUAUUUAUGGAUAGAUAUUAUUAAUAGAUAGAUUGUCGUUAAUUUGCAAGUCAUUUUUUGGUCAAAUUAUUUUAUUGCGAUAUAAAUUGAUAUCUUUUGUCGCCUAAAUUCUGAGGUUUUACUUACUGACUUAUUAUAACUUCACGGUGUAUGUUAUUUU